UUUUUAAAAAUGAAAUUAUUAUUUGUGACUUGCAUUGGUUUUAUGGCUAUUACAAUUUCUUUAGGCCAAUUAUCAAAUUACCCAGAAGGGCCUGUAGAUCAAGGUGAUGUGAGCACUCCAGCUAGCACAUCAGAUAUUCCUGAUUUUUGCAAGAGCAAUCUAAGGAAAAACAAGAAAGUCGACAAAUGCUGCAAGGAAGUUGAGAAAAUUCAAUCUACUGGCGGCUCAUUGUGUCCAACUCCAAAGCCAUGUACAGUUGAAAAAUGCGGACGUGUCUGUAACCGUUAUUUCAGCCAAAUGAGCGGUUGUAACGUGUCACCCAAGCCAGAAGAUGAUUGUGAUAAAGGCAAAAAGCAAAAACAUACAAAGCCACCAAAACAAGGUUACCCAUCAAGACCCGAUGAUUUGCCUUUAACAACUCAAGAACCUGGCUAUCCCGGUGAUUUGCCUGAAGCUACAAAACCCCCAAAAGGAGGAAAAGCAUCUGCAAAGCCACCAAAACAAGGUUACCCGUCAGAACCCGUUGAUUUGCCUGAAGCUACAAAACCCCCAAAAGGAGGAAAAGCAUCAGCAAAGCCACCAAAACAAGGUUACCCAUCAGGACCUGAAUCGGUUGUAACCACAACAGUUUGUUCAGCAGAAAUAGUACCUUAA